AUGGCCUGUUCCAAAAGUGGACUCACAAAUACAAAUACAAGGAGUAUCUGUUGUUUCGUCGCGAGUACGAGAAAGAAAAAACAUUAUACGACUACCUUUCCAAAACCAUGUCCCAAACUAAACAUGUCCUUGGGUAAGACACGCUCGACAGCUUAUGAAAGUUGUACGUUGAAGGAAAACAGAACUGAGUUGUACUGUCCCUUUAGGAGGAUAUUCUUAUCUGGGUUGACACUAAUCUGCUGUCACCAAAGUGCUGCAAUUGCUUCAACUCUUCAGAGUGGACAAGUAGGAAAUCAAAGUAGCGUGCGCUACAAAGGUAAAGAAUGGAGCAUUAUUCUUCCCGACUUGUAUCAGAGAGUUGCGAUAUAUUCGAGUAAGGAAGGAAGUCGAAAUAGUUGCGAAAAUUGUGGAGCUGCAGGAGGAAAUGUUAGUAUAUCAAAGAGUGAAAGUCCUUUACUUGCUCGCUUUAGUUCACAAAGUGGAGAAACCGAUAUAACCGUCAGUGUCAUAGGUACGAAUAAUCUCAAAUUAUCUCUUUUGCAGACAAAUAAUAUCGAAGAACUUGGUUCCCUCGAUUCUACGUCAGCUUUAUUUUUACCCUCCACUGCAAAAAUUGAAGGAAGCAGUACACGCAAGUCCAGUGCGAUGAAAACAUUUUAUUCAUGGGAUUUCACGUACGGAAAUCAAAGAGUUCUUCUCACGGUUAUUUUUUUGAUCUAA